UCACGAUGAACACCUCCUCAGAAGCGGUGGCCAGAGGGGUCAACAACGCCACCCUGGAGAUGCUGGUCAGUCCUGUGAUGACCGUGGCUGUGCCUGUUAUUUACCUGUCUGUGUUUGUGUGCAGUACCCCCUGCAACCUGCUGUCUCUGGUAGCGCUGCUGAACGUCCAUUACAAACGCCACACUCCCACGUCUGUGUUUGCCAUCAACCUGUCGCUGGCAGACCUGCUCUACAGCGCCUUCCUGCCCCUACAGGUGUUGUACCACCUGUGGGGUAAUGACUGGCCGUGGGGCGCUGCCCUCUGUGGCCUCACCACCACAGCCCUCAACUGCAACAUGCAUUGCUCCGUCCUCACCACCUGUGCCAUCGCGCUCGAGCGCUACUGCGGUGUCGUACGCCCACUACGCACCAAACACUGGCGCACCGCCCGGAGAGCCACCAUCGCCUGCGUCCUCAUCUGGGCAUUUGUUCUGAUUACUCAGACGCCCUUGCUCCACAGUGACCUCACCCUCCGGGUCGUCGAGCUAAGCAUCACGACCUGCUUCGACGUGCUUCCGCGUGAACUGUUCAUUCACCAAUCAGUAGCCUAUCUCUACUUCCUAGUGGUUCUGCUGAUGUUCUACGUGUUGCCGUUAGCCGUCCUGGUCAGCUGUUACGUUGCCGUGGCGAGAGGCCUGCACAGGUCGUUGCCGACGGCAGCUGAAGGCAGUGAUGGUAAGAGGGAAGUGUUGUCAAGGCGACGGGCUCAGACCACAGUCGCCUUGGCAACCCUGUGCUUUGUGGUGUGUUACCUACCAACCAUCACCCUUCAUGGCCUGCACUUAGUCUUCCACGCCCAGGGCAAGAGCCUGUACAGAUACUAUAAACUAGCGCUGAGCAUCAACAGCCUCAACUGCUGCUUUGACCCGUUUGUGUACUACUUUGCGUCGAGGGAGUUCCGGCUGGCUCUGAGGAGGCUGCUGGGGCGGUGUGUCCCACUGGGAGAGGGGGAGGAGCUUGGGACCUCUGAGCUGGUGUCCAUGACUGGGGAGACUAGGGAAUCUAAGGGACACUACUAG